GACACACGAACGCGCCCGCCUCUCUCUCGUCGCCUUCUUCUUCCUGCCCUUCUUCUUGUUUUCCGCGAGCGAAGUAGGCCGUCGUCAGUCGAGCUCGUCAGCCAUGUUUGUUAUUGUCUGAGUGUGGUGGAACGUUGUGACGGCUCCCCGUGCGCGCCCCUCCCGAAGGACAUCGUUUCGCCGUGUGUCCUGGACUGGCCGCGGCCUCGACUGGCCCUUGCCUUUCCACCGCGAUGAGUGUCUAGGAAAUUCAGCAAGAUCGCGGCCCCCCAGGCCCGCGCCGCGCCGCGCGAGCGCCCAGGCGCUGCAGCAGCUGAGGGUCGAGCUGACAGGUCGCGGGGCCCAGGCAGGACCCGUUUCGUCGACAUCUUCCAACGAGAGUUCUUCAGGGCCUCUGUGGCCUACUCGCGCCGCAACCUGGCCGCCAACAGGGAGGGCGCCGCCGCCGCCCCCGCCGCGCCCCCGGCCCAGGCCCAGGAUGAGGCCCCUAUGCUGGAAUGGGGGGAGGAGGGGGACAUGUCGUUCUACGACUCUGACCGCUUUGAGGAGGACUCGUUGUGCAGCUGGAGCAGCGAGCCCGAGUCGCUCUGCAACAACUGGAGGGGCUGGAAGAAGCCGACGCCGCCGCAGGCAACCGUCCACCACUACAACAGCAACGCCAAGAAGUUCUACGACGAUGGAGUCCCUUCCUUGACGGAGCUGUGCGCUAGGACUGUGGCGUCACACAUACCAUUUGAACUGGUUGAACAUGUAUACCCUCCAGUUCCCGAACAGCUCCAGUUACGAAUUGCGUAUUGGAGCUUUCCAGACAAUGAAGAAGACAUUAGACUGUACUCCUGUCUGGCGAAUGGAAGUGCUGAUGAAUUUCAGAGAGGUGAUCAGCUAUACCAGAAACGUGCUAUUAAAGAUCCCCUACAGAUAGGUUUCCACUUAAGUGCAAGUGUAUAUCCACCGUCAAAUGUUAAUCCUCUUGAUGCAACCUACAAUGUAGCUGUAACGUUUGACAGAAGAAGAAUUACAUCAUGUAACUGCACGUGCACAUCAACAGCAUAUUGGUGCUCUCACGUUGUAGCAGUUUGUCUGUAUCGUAUUCACUUGUCCAAUCAAGUGUGUCUACGUGCCCCUGUCAGCGAAUCUCUAUCUCGACUGCACAGGGAUCAGUUACAGAAAUUUGCUCAAUAUCUAAUAAGUGAACUUCCUCAGCAAAUACUCCCAACUGCUCAACGUCUUCUUGAUCAAUUGCUAUCUACUCAACAAACUGCCAUCAACUCUGUUUGUGGGGCUCCUGAUCCCACUGCUGGUGCCUCAGUUUCUGAUCAAACCUCAUGGUAUCUGGACGAGAAAACACUUCAUGACAACAUUAAGAAAAUUCUUAUCAAAUUUUGUGUGCCUGCUCCUAUAGUAUUCAGUGAUGUGAACUACUUGAGCACCACUGCACCUCCUGCUGCAGCAGAAUGGAGUUCCCUGCUAAGACCUCUCAGGGGAAGAGAACCGGAGGGGAUGUGGAAUUUAUUGUCCAUUGUCAGAGAAAUGUUUAAACGUAAUGAUCGUAAUGCUAUUCCAUUGCUGGAAAUUAUUACUGAAGAAGUCCUAGCAUGUGAACAGAUUCUUCUUUGGUGGUUUAAUACUAAAGUUGCCUUGCACAAUGGUACUUCUGGACAUGGUGGAGGAAAACAUGGCAGUGUCAACAGCAAUAGCCAAGCAAGUCAGCAUGCAUGUUCAUCAUUAUGUGAUGAAAUAGUUAUCUUAUGGCGAUUGGCUGCUUUGAACCCAGGGCUUGGUCCUGAUGAAAGAGAGUUGCUCAAAUCUCAGUUCCAUGAUUGGCAUAUUAACAUUGUUAAUAAAGUAACAAAAGCUCGUGGGAUGCCCUCCUCUUUCUCUAGUGGAGUACAAUUUAAUGGCAACCAGAACAAUGGAACACCACCGUCAACCAUUUCCAAUUCGAAGAUGAAUGGUUUCCGUUCUGACUUGGAAGUGUUCCCAGGGUUCAGACCAGCCUACGAAGCCUGUUAUCUAGACUGGGAGGACUACCCAAUAACUGGCAUUACAUACCAGCAUGGAGUGAGUGAACUGUAUCACUGCCCUUUCACAUGUUUCCGCCAUGCUGGAGAUGCAAGCAGAUCCGAUAAUGUUGUGAAUCAGGUAAACUCUUCACAAGCAGUGCUAAAUUGUCAACUACCCAAUACACACCAUCCUCAUCACUUUCAUCACCACAAUCCCCACCUUCAGCACAAUAACACUCAACAAAGGGCUCCAAGACCACUGCCUUACAAUGAAUUCCCAUCUUUUAUGGGAAAGUGCUCGUUUGGUAUGGGCUUUGCAAAUACCUUGGUGCGUGCUAAUGGCAACAGAAGCAGUGUCAGCAGUGAGGGAUUCUGUGAAAAUGAUGCAGAAGGUGAGCUUUUACCAAUGCCUAUCAACUUGCCAAUGGUUCUGAACACAGGGAGAGGAAGUAACUCUUCAUCCAGUAGUGGCAAUAACAGCAGUAGCUCAAGUAACAGUGGUGACCGAAAUCACGCUAGAGGUGGAGCUCGCCCCAAAGAGUACCCCGCCUGCACUGAAGACGCCAAUUGGCAAAAAGAGGCCAAAGAACUUGAUAUCGAAAAUAUUAAUUGCUUUGGGUUUGAUGAAGUUGAAAAUGCAUUCUUGUCAGCCUCAAGAUCUGGAAAUUACCCGAAGGAAACAAAACGGACAUCAAACAGCACUGACGAUGAGGAUGUUGGGCUGUUUGAUGUAGCAUGUUCUUCAACAACAGAUCAACAGAGAGAGCCCUUGAAAUGUACCUCGCUAGAUGCACCCUCUGAUCAUUCCAAAGGUGGCCAAGAGCCUCGGGUUGAGGCUGCCGAGACGGAUGAGGCAGCUGAGCCUAGCAAUCCUAACGAUUAUUCAGGGGCGGGUGAGGAAGAGGGUGCUUGUGGUCCUGCUGUUGCAAGUCCAGAAGAUACCGAUCCAGAGAGGCGCCCAUCAAAAGACGACUCUGUUUCUUCAACAUCAGAUUCUUACCAUUAUUCAGGCGAUGAUUACACUGUGUAUUAUUAUGACACCAAAGCUGUCAAUGAACCUGAUAAGAAUGUGAGUCGUGAAACCGAUGGUGAUAAGAAAGAUGAUAAAAAUCGGUUAUCACCAACUAUUGAUAAAUUAUUGGACAAUGUCAAGAAAGAAACUGACCCAUGGGAGACUCUGUUUGCAAGGGCUGAGGGUCUUCAUGCUCAUGGCCACAGUAAGGAUGCUUGCACACUUGCUGUGCAACUUGCAGAAGAACUGCUUGCCAACCCCCCAGAGCUAAUGAUAGAUGUUCCACCAUUGAUUAGCCGGGGAAAGAGGAAGAAGCAGGUUAAUCCAGCUUCUCAUAAUGUUAGCUGUUUAGCUACUGCCACCCUAUCCAAGUGCGCAUUUUUGUGCCAAGUCCUGGCAGAAAAUCGUGAUUAUUUUCACCUAGCUUUUCGAGUAGGUCUUUAUGGACUGCUGAUGGCCAGACCCCCUGCAAGUACUAAACCACUUGAGGUAAAGCUGACCAACCAAGAAAUUGAACUUGUUGGGCUUUUGAAAAAGAUUCCAUUGGGUAAUGCAGAAAUUUCUAUUGUACGGGAGCAUGCACAAACACUGAAAGAUGGAACAUUAAAAAGCAGAGGGGAAGCUCUCCUACCAACUAUGCUGGCCUCAUUUAUCUUUGAAGUCCUCGUCUCUCCUAACAGUAACAAUGGUUGUGCAGUCCGAGAUUUCAAAGGACAAGUUAUGUCAAAUUCAUCUUUGCGGUGGACAUCAGAUGAACCUCUUGGCUUUGAGGCUGCAGUUGCUGCAAUGGGCUUAAAAGCAAACGUGUCAGAGGCAGACCAUCCUUUGCUCUGUGAGGGCACUCGAAGACAGCGUGGGGAUCUUGCGAUUGCUUUACUUUAUCAUUACAAAGAUGACCCUGAAAAGGUUGCAAGAAUAAUGGACAAACUUCUUGAUAGAGAUGUUCACCAACUUCUUAAGACCCCAUUGCUUCCCUGUUACUACACUGCUAAUCCACCAACAAGAAGUCUGAAUCGUUCAAGAAGGGAUGAUGUAAGACAGAGAGACGCAGUUGUAGCAGCAUCCUCAAAUCUUUCUGGAGUUACUACAUCAACAGCUGUGUCUUCUGCUUCUACGCCUUCUGCGACAGUGGCAUCGGCAGCUACUGCAGCUGUUUCAACACAAGCAGCUGAAGCAGGAGCUUUUCCUGAAAUACCCAUUGCUGUUGGAUCUGCAACAGGCGGGAGCCGACCUCACAGUACACCUAGUGCUGAGCUGGAUCAGAGUCUUGCCUCAUUGUCAUUGAAUAGCCCUCAUGCCGCACCAGGUCCUAGUGGGCCUACUGUGGCUGUCUCAACACCCAACAUAACACCAAACACUGCCUCAACGUCUAGGUCAAAAGAAACUACACGGUACAAGAAUAAAAGAACAUAUCCAUCUUUACCAAAUCAACCCUCAGAAUCAGGAGCCCAUUUCAUGUUUGAAUUGGCAAAGACGGUACUUGUGAAAGCUGGUGGCAACAGCAGUACAUCGCUUUUCACUCAAGCUACCACUAGCACGGGCAACCACCAUGGUCCCCACCGAGCUUUGCAUAUGUGUGCGUUCCAAAUUGGAUUGUAUGCACUUGGUUUACAUAACUGUGUAUCUCCAAAUUGGCUGAGUAGAACAUAUUCCUCACAUGUGUCAUGGAUCACAGGUCAAGCAAUGGAAAUUGGUGCGCCAGCAAUAUCUUUCCUGAUAGACACAUGGGAAGGUCACCUGACUCCGCCAGAAGCUGCAAGCAUCGCAGACAGAGCGUCUAGAGGCUGUGACCCUAACAUGGUCUCAGCUGCCGCUGAGUUAGCAUUAUCAUGCUUGCCUCAUUCUCAUGCGCUUAAUCCCAAUGAAAUAACUAGAGCAAUUUUACAGUGUAAGGAGCAAAGUGAUCAAAUGCUAGAACAAUCUUGUCUCACAGUUGAGACUGCUGCUAAGGGAGGUGGGGUAUAUCCAGAGGUCCUUUUCCAGGUAGCAAGAUACUGGUAUGAACUCUUCAUGAAGUAUUCUUCAGGAAGUGAACUGCCUAUCGAAUUUGAUAUUCCUGAACCCGUCUUUGCCAUGGAAGCAAACAGUAUGAUGGUGCUAGACCCAGGCCCUGCAGCUGCUGGCUCUGUCCCAAACAUGGGUGGCGUUGGAGUGAAUGGCAUGAUGCAGGGUGGCAUGCAGGGUGGCCCGCCUCAGAAUAUGGCUAUGAUGCCUAUGCCUUUCGGCAUGGCACCCUAUGGGUUUGCUGUUCCCAACAACCAUCAUCCCAUGUCCAAUGCUUUCAAUGUACCUCCGCGUAUGCCACCGCCACCGGCUUUCCAAUGGUUGCCCCCCAACCAAUAUCAAUACCCACCCAAUUCAGUAGCAAAUGCCCAUCAGGGAAACCAUCCGGGGACUCACCCGACAUAUAACCAAUUGCCCCAACAAGGGAUGCAGUUCUAUCCUAACAUGAACAUGCGUCAAGGAGGUCCACAGCCCGUUCUAACACACACUGUUUUCGAGCUGAGAGCACCUGGAACAGGAUCACCUCAGAGUAUUGGAGGACAAGCCUCAUCUCAACAACAGGUGCCUCAGAUGAACAUUCCACCAAGUUUGCGUCAACUCCAGAUACCUUUGAGAAACGUGCAGCAAAUGCCUUUGUCUGCAUUCCAGACAUUACAGUCAGUUCAAGGAUUGCAACAAGGCAUGCCCCAGGGAAUGCCCCAAAAUGUCCCUCAAACUGUGUCUCAGAACAUGCAGCAAGGAAUGCCUCAAGGAAUGCCUCAGGGGAUGCAACAAGGAAUUCCUCAAGGAAUGCAUCCAGAACUGCAAAUUCCUGUUCCUCAGCAACCACAAUCGGCUCAGCCAGACCAGGACGGGGCCCAGCCCAUGGCUCUGCCCAUGGCGGGGGCGGCCGAGGACGAGGGCGGUGAGGCUCGGGGCCCGCGGGGCGCCCAGCAGUUGGCCCGUCUGUUCGACGUGGUGCACCCGCGCGAGCGACAGCUCUACCUGCUGCCGGCGCUCGCGGAUGCCGCCUCGCUCGCGCUCGAGGGCCGCGAGUUCCCCUGCGAGGCCCUUGCGCACAUUCCGCCCAACCCGCCUCAGAUCUCGGUCGUGGAGCCCAGCGAGUUGGCAAAGUCAGACAUCCCCGAGGUGCGGAGGCUCGCGCUGCGCGGGGAGCCCAUGAUUCAGGUGGUUCACUCGAAAGGCCCGUUUGUCGUGGCGGUCCCGUUGAACCCGGUCAACUCGCCGGCACAGGCGCUGCUGCCGAACGUACCUCCGGUAAACCCGCUGGCACUCGUCCCUCAGCAGUGUCAGGUUCAUCGGCAUCAGCAGGGUUAUACAGCUACACAAUUGCGCUAUCUUCUUGCUGCAUAUCGAGUUGGCAUGCUGGCUCUGGAGACUCUGGCCCGAAGAGUUCAUGAUGAUCGUCCUCAGGCCAAAUAUGCCAGGAACCCACCGUAUGGGGAAGAUGUGAAAUGGCUUCUGCGAGUGUCUAAAAAACUUGGUAACCAAUAUCUGCACCAGUUCUGUGUUUGCGCUGUGAGCAGUAUUGUGUCUCCAUUUGUACUGCAUGAUGUUGCUUUGGAAGCAGCUCAGUUCUUAGCUCGGUUAAAUCCAAGCAUGGCAAUGCAGCAUCUGCGUUCUGCUCUUACGCCUUUGGUGCAGAAGUGCCAGCAAAUGUACAUCCAGUGUUUACAUCAGAAGCUGUACCACUUGACUUCAGCAGACUAUGAGGAUUUUGUGAAUAUUGUCUGCUCAGCUCGAGCAGCAUUCCAAAUCACUCCAGAGGGAACACAACAAUUUAAAGAAUGGCUUCAGUCUAUCAAGAGGUCUAAGUCAUGCAAGAAGGACCUUUGGGCCCAGAUCAAUGCUGGUCUGCAGGCUAAAUGACAGUGGCCAGAAGUGGCCACUGCAAUGUCCAGGUCGGCCACAGAGCCAGUUCUUGCAGUGGACUCAAUCGCCAGUUUAGAUCAAGAACCAUUGGCAGCUGAAGUUUGAAUUCUAUUCUUAGCUUGUUCUCUUUAAUACAUGUGUGUAUGUGACCUUGAAAGGUACACAACGCAACGCACACACAUUCAUUUUAUUUCCACAUUCACAACAGUGUUCUGGUUUGAUUCAAACUAUGAGUAUGUUUUAACACUUCUGCAAUUUUACUUUUAAAAUUUCAUCUCGCAUCUUCACUUUACUUUAUUGUAAUGGUCUAUCUGAUGACCUGAUAGUAGCUGUUCAUGUUUCCAAAAGGGUGUUUCUUUCUUUCCUGACUGUUGUUUACUCCUUGUCAUAUUCAUUACAUAUCUUGAGUUUUCUUCUACUUACAAGCAGAUGUUGAUGUUUAUACAUGAUUGUUUUUGCAUUGGGUUGUCAUGCCUCUUAUGGGCUCAUAUUUGCUUCUGAUCUCAAAGUAUCCUUGUCAUUUUAUUUUAUUUUUAUUUAUGUGCACAGUAGUGCCCAAUGGUACCAAUUUCUUAUUAAAUUAUUUUAUCUCUUGUCUUCCAUCCUUGCAAUGUAUAAUUUUCAUUAUUCACCCUUCUAAUUUCAUACAGCAUAGUGUACUUCAUUUAAAAAGUAAUUUAUCACAUCAACAUAUUGUCCCUACGUUUGUUAGACAAAAUGAUCUGAUGUCUUGUUAAUGACUGUUUUCUUUCUAGUGAAAUUAUUAAAAUGUUGACAUUUUUGCCAGUGGCAGGUGUGCAAUAUGGUUGUGUAUUAAACUUUUAUGUAUAUAUGGCUUUGUUGUAAAUGGUUAUUACUUAGUAAGAAUAUUCAUUAAUCUAAUCUACUCCAAUUGAUGCUAAUAUGAUAGUACAUAUAGUGUUUGAUGGUAAAUAAUUCUAGUUGUUGAAAAUUACCCACAUUUAUUUGUCCCAAGGAUCUCAAAGUACGUGGGAAUUUCAUUCUCACUUUUCACUUCAACUUUUGUUUUUGUACCUGGGCUCUUUUGGUGGGACAGUUUUUUAUAGAUUGACAUGAACAUUCGUUAAAUUUACUUCAAAUGAACAUUUUCUUUCUCUUACAUAAAGUUGAAGGGAAAUUCUGGAUCUUUUCAUAUCUUAAAACUUGCUUUGCAUUGUCCAUUUUGUGUCUGAAAUACUAAAGCUCUGUUCUCUUCAAUUAUUCCUAUAGGGUAAUUGAUGAUGGUCCUUUUGAGUUUUUUUUGUUUUUUUUGGAGAGUGAUGCAUUAAGAAGAUUUGAUUGUAACGACAUGGACUGAUCUCUGAUAGAUGCUUAUAGAUUUGAAUUUUUUUUUACUGGCACUCGUUUGUGCCAUUGUUAAUGAAUAUGUAUGUUAGUUGUUAUGUGACUCAUGACACACUAGUUGUUGUUUGUUUUUCUGACAAUUUAAUUUAGAUAAAUUAUAAUUAUAGCACUAAUGAUCUUCUUAAAACUGUUUGUAUCUGUGAUUUUACAACUUUAAGGAAGUUUACUUAUUUAUUUGUUAAGUAAGCAGUAUACUUUUGAAUGCGUAAAGGUAUGAUGGCAUCAGAUCACUACUAAAUUUUUGUAACAUUUUAAGGUAGUUCCUCUUUCCCUAUUGGAAAAGGUUGAAAAAAUGGCUGCGAGAUUUUUUCCAGUCCUGUUGUAGAUAAUUGUGUAACCUCUUGAAGACUUUAAUUUUUAAUGAUGUUAGGCUCAUAAAUUUAUUACAGACUUCAUGAUUUUUUUGUUAGUUCCUGUCAUUUAUCUGAACACUUGAAAGGGAGGUGAUUCUUUCUGCAAUGGAGUUAUUGAAAAUUUUGAUUGAUUCUGGAUCCUUAUUUCUAUGGAAAAUAAAAAAAAAAAAGUUUUCUCUUAGUGUGUCAUGUUUUGAUGGAGUUUGUUGGAAUAUGACUUACAGGCUGCAAGUAAAAGUGUUUCAGGAUGGUAUUGAUCAGCUUGAUUGUACUAAGUAGGACCACAAUUUCAGAAGAGAGAAUUCUUAUUUGAUCAGAUAUGCAAGUGGUCAUAUUUUUUUCCCAGAAUUGUAUAUAUGUUACCGAGUGUGACAAACUUAUUCUUAAAAUGGCUUUGGAAUUUUAAAAUCCAAGGGAGUGGAGGAAAAAUACUCCUAGCCACAUUUUCUUUCUUUGUGUGUGGGUUUGUGUGUUGAAAGUUGGCAGGAUGUUUGGGCCACUAAUUAUAGAAUUUGUGGACCUUUAAGAGAAUAGUUUGGACCUGCUCGUCAGGUGGGUGUUGACAUGCAGGAGAUGUCCCAUAUGAUUCAUAUAAUUUUAACUGUUGCAGAAGGGGCAAGUCCUUGGCUUAUGUCAGGAUAUGUCUAAACAUUUGACUGUGUGACGAUUGAGAGUCUGAGUAUAAUGUAAGGGUUAGGCUUUGAAAGGGGAUGCAUUUUUUUAUUCAGAAUUAUUGCUAGUGUGGGUCUCAUCAUUAGAGAAUUGUGCUGCAUACGGUACAUCAGUGGUUAGUUCUAGUGAUACAUCAAUUUUUGCAUAGUCUAUUUGGUAGCUUGGUGCAUUUGACAUGUAUCACCUAAAGAGAAAUAAUAGAUAACAGAUCUAGCUUAUACAGGUUAUUUCUCCCUUCUGUCGUUUUGAAAAUGUUUGGGUCGACAUACUUCACGUUAAAUUCUAGUUUAGUGGCGCAACCAAGGACCAAACAGCAUAAGAAAUCGUUCUGCAAUGGAUCUGUUAUCGGUUCUACGUUACUACUCUUAUGGUGAUACAGCCUAAAAUAUGCCUUGACGGAACUACAAGUUCAACAUCAAGUUUGCUGCUGAACAUGUGUUUAGUUGGUGUCUUUUAUUACAAAUAUGAAAUAUGAACUGAAGAGUUCUUUAAGGGAUAGUGGGUCCAUUCUGCACCCUUUCUGUAACCUACAGAAUAAACUAUUCUGUUGCAACAUAUUCUAGACAUAAUGUUUUAUUGUCUGCUAGCUAAAUUUUUACACAAAGUAUUUUUGGGACUAUCGACAUUUUACAUAGCUUGUGUGGUCUAGUGCUUAUCCUGUCCUUUGAAGUAUUACAGCUUGACCUUGCAGUCCCACUUUCCCAUCUUGCUCAAUUCUGUGUGAAUUUCAAUCUGUUUUACAAGUGAUGAUUAUCCUAUUUUCAUAAGCAUAUACAAUGUGGGACAUAUACAGCAGCAUUUGUUGUUCUUUUGAGGCUGUAAAACUUAAAGCAUAGUAUAGAUAUUCUGAUUAACCCAUCAUAAUUUAGUUGCUGUGAAAAUUUCUGAAAAUUACUCAUUUUAUAUUAAAUCUGCCUUUUAAGUGAAUUGUAAAUAUAUUCAAAUAUGCCUAUCAAAUAAUUUUAGUAUAUGAGAUAUUAUUGUAUGUACAUAAAAUGAAACUAUUUAAAUAUUGAGUUUUUAUUUAGCAACUCAACAGACUGUUUACUGUACUGUCUUCAUUUAAUAUUCCGUUGUCUUUUGUUUUCUCCACUUUGUGUGUGUGUGUGUCCGUGAGAGAGAGGGUGAGUGAGAGUGUUUGUAUGUGUUGUAUUUGUUGGAUCAUUGUUUGCAUCUAUGAGGCUUUUCCUCAAUAGCUGGAUUUAUCCUAUGAAGCUGAAAGGUAGUUUAAUGCCUAGCUCUCUUUCAAAAGCUGAUCAAGCUAGGUAUAUUAUAACUUUGGCGUGAGCUCGCUUUAGCUUCACAGGAUUAAAUCCACCCUCUUUCAUGCUAUCAUCUAUCAUCACUCUGAACCCUUGCUUCUGUCAACCUAAAGGCAUAAUAGGUAUUUAUGUUUGUGUAUUUCUUCUACUUUCAGAACUAUUUCAAUUCUUUCAUAAACAUUGUGGGAACACAGGUAAGACAAAAAUAAUAUGAAUAGCUUAGCACUACAUUCUGGACACUCCCCUUAUAAAUUCAUUCGCACCUGUGUUUUGUAACCACCACAUAUUUUGGUUGCAGUGAAUCCUCUUUCUCAUAUGAAUUUUCUGAUGUGUUUUCCCUGACUUCUUAUUUUAAAAUUUGCAAUCUGGGCAAUUCUUCUGAGUCUAUGAGCUUGACAUUCUCCCUGCUAUAAUUUUGGUGUGUGCUUUCUUGUUUGCAUAUUUUAUUAAUAUUGUGUUUUCUUUUCGCAUAUAUUUUUUACCUAUCCAUCGCCCUUUCUUAAGAAAAAUAAAUGUAAUUUUUGUGUUGCAAGUGUGUUUUGAUCAAUUUUCAAUCUUAGACACUAAAAGUUCGCAAGCUUAAUCAUGACUGCUUUAUUGUAGGAUUUAUCAUAUUGUGAGUCAUUGAUUUUGGUUUCGAAUAGUCUAGGGGACAUUUUUAACAGUGUUCAUAUUAUUAUUUUACUUUUUUGGGAUUUGUUUUGAUUAGUAAUGUAAGUUGCAGCUGUUAACAUACAUUGCCAUACAGCUGAUCUGUUUGUUAUCAAUCUUUCAUUAUUUUUAUGCUGGAAUUUUACAGUGAUGCUAGAUGUUGUUGAACCACAAAAUUCAUGAAAUAGCCAUUUAAACAUUUGCACAAUAAAUUGGUCAUAAUUUGUACAAAAUUGUUUGGGAUUUCGUACAAUGGUGAACGGAGUGUGUUGGAACCCUGAACAAUUUUGUGUGUGAAGAAUCUGGAAGGUGUUUUGUCCUUAAAGCAUAUUGUUGUCUGUCCACUCAGAAGGAUUGGUUUAUUUCCUCUCUAUGUCUAUAUUUUAUUUGAAAUAAAAGAAAUGCAGAUUUGAA